GGGACGUAGCAAAGGCCGAAGAAGGGUGGUGCGCGGUGCGUUACAGCGCCUUUCAACAUGGCACCGAGCCGCGUCUGAGUUACGAGAGGGAAAUGAGCGAACUUUUGGGGGUGCCCAGUGCCGGGUAGAUCGUUCGCGAGGGAAGUUUCUCUCGGCGAGAAAGAGUGCCCUUCUUUGGAGAAGGUAAACCACAUCCCGGUGUCGGAGAGAACGACGUAGAAAGAGAAUCAUGUGGUAUCGCACGGGUCAGGCCAAUCCGGUAGCGGUCAUUCUACCCCGUGUCGAGUGACAGGCUGCUUACGUAACGGAUUAUUCUCGCUAUGAUAACGACACUUCAGAGACGAACGCGAUACGUCGUGAAGCAGCAGCAGCAGAUCAGCGGAGCAGCAUCGUCGUCGCCGGGAGUGCCGUCGACGCGACGGCGCAGCGUGCGACCCCGACAGAAAUAAUACGCCGACCCGAAUCCUGGUAUCGCCGUCUCUGAUACCCAUCGCUUGAACGGACGCCCAGCGUCGCGACGCCCAGCUCAUCCUCAGCCUCCGCCGCGCCGCGCCCCGGGGACACCUGGACCGAGUGCGAAUUAUGACAGCGGCAGUCAUGGAAAACGUUAACUGGGAUCCCGCAUUGUCCAAGCUGCUAAAUUCGCUACAGGAAAACAAAUCGGAAAUACCUAGUUGUACCGAAGAGGAAUUUGGAUUUUUGAGCGAAUUGUUACAAUCGAAGGAACUUAACGCUCUAGUAAACGUUCAUAAUAAGAUUCUCAACAAUGUCAAGGACGAUAAAUUUUUUCCCGUACUGUCAAACUCAAUGGAUAUCGACGUCGAAGUCCUCGAUCUAUUAUCGACCAAAACGCACAUCUCGUCCGAUUGCAAAGAACUCUUCCAUCUAUUACAGAAACCGCAUAUUCAGGGUCUUCUCUGCGCUCACGAUGCAGUGGCACAAAAGGAUUAUUAUCCGAGAUUACCGGACAUCCCAUUGGAGGUGGACGAAGAUGAGGAGACGGUGAAAAUCGUCCAGCUAGUGAAGUCGAACGAGCCCCUGGGCGAUGCCGGCGUUGAACCGAUCGUGGGGGCGACCAUAAAAACCUGUGAAGUCACCGGCAAGAUUGUGAUCGCGCGGAUAAUGCACGGUGGUGCGGCCGACAGGUCCGGUCUCAUCCACGUCGGCGACGAAGUCUGCGAAGUCAACGGAAUCAGCGUCGAGGGAAAGACGCCUAGUUUUGUCCUACACAUUUUGCAAAAUUCAGAAGGGACAAUCACUUUCAAAAUAGUGCCCGCGGAUAGCAAAAGCGGAGUCAGAGAGAGCAAGGUUCGCGUGAGAGCGCAUUUUUCAUAUGUGGCGGCUGAGGAUCCCUAUAUUCCUUGUAAGGAAGCCGGAUUAGACUUCGUCAAAGGAGAUGUCUUGCACAUUGUCAGUCAAGAUGACGCCUACUGGUGGCAAGCCAGACGAGAAGGAGAUCGAAAUAUGAGAGCAGGUUUGAUCCCUAGUCGAGCUCUUCAAGAACGUAGGAUUCUCUUUGAAAGACAGCAGAAGGAGAAGCCAGACGAAGACAAUAUAAGCUUGUGUUCUGUUCCAGUGCCUUUGCCUGCAUUGUGCCCCCGUCCCAGUACCUCUUUGCACGCCUCGCCCACAAAGUGCAACUUGCAGGGAACUAAAACUAAAAAAAUCAUGUAUGACGCUGCAGAAAACGACGACUUUGACCGAGAAGAGGUACCGACCUAUGAAGAGGUCGCGAAACUCUAUCCGAGGCCGGGUCUGUACCGACCGGUGGUUCUCAUCGGGCCACCGGGAGUCGGCAGGAACGAGCUCAAGAGGCGUCUCAUGGCGACCGAUACCGAAAAGUAUAAGACUCCUGUGCCCUAUACAUCUAGACCACCGCGACCAGGUGAAAUAAAUGGCAAAGAGUAUCAUUUUGUGACUCGGGAGAAUAUGGAGGAAGACAUCGAAGCUGGAAAGUUUAUUGAGUAUGGCGAGUACAAGGGAAAUCUGUAUGGUACCAGUUCUGAAAGUGUCAGUUCGCUCGUGAAUGCUGGAUAUGUAUGUCUCUUGAAUCCUCACUAUCAAGCUCUCAAGAUGUUGAGGACACCGCAGUUAAGGCCGUAUGUCAUAUACGUGAAACCGCCAAAGUUCGAAGUGCUGAAGGAAACUAGAAACGAAGCCAGAGCGAGAUCGACCUUCGACGAGAGCAAUUCUCGAGGCUUUACGGAUGAAGAAUUCCAUGAAAUUUUGCACAGCACAGAGAGAAUAGAAUUCUUGUACUCUCAUCUCUUCGACGAAGUGAUAGUAAACGCUGAUCUCCCCAUGGCAUUCGAGCAGCUAAUCAAUGCGAUUCAUCGAGUCGAAUCUGAACCGCUUUGGGUACCAGCCUCGUGGGUUCAAUAAAAUGAUACUCUUCGAGGUUCGAGGGACAAAGCAUUCAAGGAAGAAUGGAAGAGAAAGAGUUUCGUCGUUGAAGAUGCACGACUGCUCGUGAUGUGACGAGACGGAGUGUUUCUCGCAACGCUCGACGCUACUUUACUUCCAUUUUCGAUCCACGAAGGACGCACGUACUUCUCGUUUAUCAUCUCAUCGAGAAUUGUAAUUUACUAUCUAGUUUUUUUAUCGCGUCUUUAAAAAGAUUUCGUACCUCGAGCGUUUGCGAAUCUUUGUCGGUUUCAAAGACGAAUUAAAUAAAAUUUUCUAUAUUACGGGAUGCCAUCGUUCGUUGUUGGUAAUGGUUAUAAUCGUGGCGAUUCAGCCAUUACGAUGUCUUCUUGUGACGACAUUGUACUUGUUGUAAAUUAAGUAGCCAAAUACGAGACGUUGAGGUAAUUUCGCAGAUAUACGAUUCAAAGUCGUCCAAGUUCCACAGUCCUUGUUUUCUGGGUAACUAUCAGAUGUCUUUAGCAACACAUUCUACGCAUAAUCUUAGAAUCCUUACUGCCAAAAGCUUCGCUAGUGGCGGGAGAUCUUGUAUUAUACGAUCAGACGGGAAGUGACGUAAUCUCGUCACGAAUCUCUGCGUAUCCUAUCAACGUGUCAUGAAAUUCCAUUUUUGAGACCACGGAAAUCUCGCUCUUUGGGAUCAACGCUCGCGAAACGGUAAUUGUGUCGAAGUUAUCUUGAAAGUUACACCAAAGAAGAAUCGUUAUCGUGAACGAUCUUUGAUCUCGAUUGUUGUUAAUUGUUGCCAAAUAAGUAUUGUACCUAGAGUGCGAUAUGAAGAAUCGCUCCACUGUAUUUAUCGUAUUUUCCACUCGAUCGACAUUAUAAUAACGUUGCUAUUUUAUUUUAUUUUCCAUAAAAACGGAAUGCCGAUAUAAAACAAAAAGAAACUGUUUGCACUAUCGAAUCAACGUUGCAUAAUUCAUCUUUGAUGUAAACUCUAUAUGUUAUCGAAAUAUAGUAUUGAACUUUGAAA